AUGGCCUCCGAAUCCCCUCCUACGGACCUGCAUGGCAGGCUGAACGAACUACUGGAAAAGAAUCAUAACAAAAACAAGCCGUGGCUUGGGUGGCCCACUACAUGGGAGGAACUAAGGUUAUCUCAUGACCAAAGUAUUCUAAGGGAGUAUUUAACAAGCCCAGAUAUUCACAGGGAAAAGCUUGAAGAAGUCAGACGGCAGUUUCUGAGGGUUGUAAGCGAGAAUGGUCUUGCAAAGCCGGGGGCGGCAGUUUUCCUUGAAGGAGGAACAACGGAUGAGUGGAUGCUGUACUCUUCUGAUUGCAACAAGGCGGCCUUCAGGCAGGAAGCAUUCUUUCAGCAUUUAGUCGGAGUAAAUGAGCCUGACAUCUAUGCGGCAUUUGUUUUAAACUCACACGAGCUCCUGCUCUUUAUACCAAAGAUUCCGGCAGAUGCCCUCAGGUUCAUGGGUCCUUCGAAAGAUGCGGACUUUUACCGCAGCCGCUAUGCAGUAACAGAUGCUAUUGCGGUGGAAGCGAUCAGCGACGUGGAGGCAGAGCUGCAGAGACGAGGUGUAAGAACGGUCCACGUGUUGAAAGGGGUCAACUCUGACAGCGGAAGGCCUGUGGCACCUCCGAAGGCUCUCAAUAGUUUCUCAUCUUUCACAGUUGACUGCUCGGCUCUUUAUGAUAUUCUUGUGGAGUGCAGACUCCGCAAGACGCCUCUCGAGGCUGAGUACUUGGCCGCUGCCUGCCUAUGCUCAUCCCAAGCCCAUUGUUUUGUUGCACGGAAUAUUCGGUCCGGAAUGGUAGAGGGACAAGCAGAAGCAAUAUUUAAGGCCUACGUUGGUUUUGUAGGGGGCGCCCGACACGUCGCUUAUGAUUGUAUUUGCUGUGCUGGAGAGAACGCAUCCAUCCUCCAUUACGGUCAUGCUGGCCGUCCGAACGACGGAUCUAUUAAAGACAACGAUUUGCUGCUAUUUGAUAUGGGUGGAGAUUACAACGGCUACGCCACGGACAUUACGUUCACGUAUCCUUCCAACGGAAUUUUCACAGAAACUCAAAAGGCGAUAUAUGAUGCAGUACUAGAUGCACAGAAGAGCGUGAUUGAGCGCAUGCGUCCUGGCGUGGAGUGGACGGAGCUUCAUAGAUUAGCAGAGCUUGUUAUUCUUAAACAUCUCAAGUCACUAAGAAUCCUCGCUGGGUCUAUAGAGGACUGUGUAGCCGCCAAUUUGGGGUCUAUCUUCAUGCCGCAUGGUCUGGGUCAUUUUAUGGGUAUGGACACUCAUGAUGUAGGAGGCUUUACUCCAUCUUCUCCCCCUAGUGAUCUCCCCGGUCUCCGAUACCUUCGCACCACCAGGACCUUGGAGGAAGGCAUGUGUAUUACUGUUGAACCAGGAUGCUACUUUGUGGACCACUUAUUGAAGCAAGCUGCCAAGAAUGCUUCCCAAGCGCAUUUAUUGGAUUUCGCGGUCAUUGAGAAAUACAAAUUCGUAGGAGGUGUGCGGCUCGAAGACGAUGUGUUAAUCACCAGAAAUGGCGUCCGCAACUUGACGGUUGUGCCUCGGUCAGUGAGCGAAGUUGAAGAGCUCCUGCGUCUGCGUGUCUAG